GGCGGAAGAGGCCGCGGACAUCUUGACGAUGAAUCAAUCCAUCGCUGAUGAUGUACAAUUGCACCGUGAACCUGUACUCACUCGGCUCUCCAUUUUAGCGGGCGAUCGAGCUUCUGUCUGUCAUCGAUGCAAUGCAUGACGAAGGAGGAACGAGCGUCGAGCUCAGCGCGAAGGGCGUUGAAUAAGGAGGCAGACAAUUACUGCCGUCUGACUUUUGGGCGUCUGUGAAAUUCUUCUUCCAUGGACGGCGAUGGGUCGCCGCAAAGGACAACAGCAUCAUCAUCACGCGGUGGGAAUUCUGAUGAUCGAGUAUAAGUCAGAUCCGCAGCCUUCUUCAGUGGCCGCAACGAGAGCCAGAGAGAUUCAUGUGUCAGUCAGCACAUGGACGAUUGAGCUCACCUCUCCAACAAACACUGCUGCUCUGUUCGUCAAUCGGUGUCUGCGAGUCCCAUCUGAUUGAGAGCCUCCGAGAGCUUCGUUCCCCAGGCACCUGCACCUUUCUCCAGGGACCACUCGAAAACUCCGAGCUGAUGAGAAAUUUAUUGGCCAGUGUCUUCCUCACCUGCCGAGACUUCAGACGUGCACAAUUCAUCCUUCAGACGUAGAUCGAUACAGAGUACACUGUGAUCGAGACUAGGUGUCAUCGAGCUACAACAAGAGACAUCGAGAGAAUUCCCGUCGAUAAAUCUUCGAUCGAGGAGUAGGUCUGGACUGGACUUACAUCCAGUGGUUGAAUAUUGUUUGGAUAGUAGGGACGCCAUUGAGAUCUAGAGGCUACGAGAUGGAGUCCAGUGGCCACAGAAGCGGGCAAACUGCAGCAGCAAGGCUACUGCUGGUGGCGGUGGUGCUCGUCCUGCUGACCGCCACAUCUCUCAGUCGACUGGUCGACGCACAGCACGACUACAAGCGGGCGCUGGAGCUGAGCUUCCACUUCUUCGAAGCUCAAAGAUCGGGGUACCUCCCUGCCAACCAACGCGUGGACUGGCGUGCCAAUUCAGCUCUCAAGGACGGGUGGGACGAAGGGGUGGAUCUCGUGGGAGGGUAUUAUGACGCGGGAGAUAACGUCAAGUUCCAACUCCCCAUGGCAUUCACCAUUACUGCGCUGUCAUGGAGCGUCAUCGAGUACAGAUCUCAGCUGAUCAAACAGAACCAGCUGCGUCAUGCACUUGAAUCUCUCAAGUGGGGCACUGAUUACUUCAUCAAAGCUCACACUCAGCCUGAUAUUUUGUGGGUAGAGGUUGGAGAUGGCGAUUCUGAUCACACUUGCUGGCAGAGGCCUGAGGAUAUGACCACGUCCAGAAAAGCUUACAAGAUCGACGCAGAAAAUCCCGGAUCUGAAGUUGCAGCUGAGACUGCAGCGGCUCUGGCUGCUGCGUCGAUCGUGUUCCAGAAGUCUGACAUGCAAUACUCUGCAUCACUCUUAUUUCACGCCAGACAGCUCUUCCAAUUCGCUGAUACUUAUCGUGGCAACUACGACGAGUCUGUUCCCAUCGUAAGGAAAUAUUACGCUUCCGGGCCGAGCAAAUACGAUGACGAGCUGCUGUGGGCGGCUUUCUGGUUGUUCGAGGCCACGAACGACGACGUCUAUCUCGAGUAUGCUGUAAACAAUGCGCAGCUGCUGGGUGGCACGGGAUGGGCCAUGUCAGAGUUUGGUUGGGAUGUCAAGUAUGCCGGCGUUCAAGUUCUGGCGUCCAAGAUUCUGCUGCAACGCAGGGGAGGAAACCAUACGAGCACUCUCGAGGAGUACAAGAAGCAAGCAGAAUUUUUCAUGUGCUCUUCGAUCGACAGAAACGGUGCGAAGUCAACUCAGCGAACACCUGGAGGGAUGUUGUGGCUGCAGUCCUGGAACAAUCUGCAGUUCGUUACCUCAGCAGCUUUCCUGCUCACAGUCUACGGAGACUACCUGAGCAACGCUAGAGAAAAGCUCUCGUGCCCGAUCGGUGGGGCGGGAAUUUCGACUUCUGAGUUGAUCAGUGUCGGAAAGGCACAGAUUGAUUACAUUCUCGGCAGCAAUCCAAAAAGGAUGAGUUACAUGGUUGGCUUCGGAGCAAACUAUCCCAGACGUGUACAUCACCGCGGAGCAUCGAUAAUCUCCAUCAAGAAAGACAGCACAUUUGUCAGUUGCCAGCACGGUUACGACGUAUGGUACAGCAAGACUGAAGGAGAUCCGAACGAGCUGACUGGCGCUGUUGUGGGAGGACCUGAUGUAAACGAUGACUACAUCGAUAGGCGCGACAAUUGGGAAGGUGGUGAGGCUUGCACUUACAACAACGCCCUACUAAUCGGUGUUCUGGCUAGAUUGAGCUCGUGAUCGAAUUUCCUCGUGGAUAAACUGAAGCUGUAGAAGGUACUGAUAGACAAUUUCCCAUAGAUCUCAAGGGAUCGAUCAGCAAGUGCAGUAUACACUAGAUUCUAAAUCUUUGUCAGACAUGGAAAGGCUUGUUGAAGGGCAUGAGAUUGAGUUGCUGGAGCCUUCAGAGCUCGAGAUUGAAAUGUCCUUGCAGACUUUUAUCUGACCCAUGAAGUCUCUGAGAAACAUGUACAGAAGAUCUACAAGCGAAUUUUCUCGUCAUUGCCAUUCGAUUCGAGCUACUCUCGUCUCUUGUGGUUGAAAGCUCAUUGAAAGGCCGAAUUUUAUGCAAGUCUGUUGACAAUGGAAUUGCCAGCAGGAGGAUUUAGCUUUCUGCUGCUACCAUAUAAAAACUCACACUUUCUCAUUUUUCAAAAUGAAGAAAAUAAUUUGAACAUGGCAUUUGAUUCUGUGCUCACUGGC